AUGGCUGAUAAUGAGGUUGAAACAAGACUAAAGGAGACUAAAGGUGCAAUAUUGUUAUGUUUGAGUACUUAUACUCAGUUUGGGUAUGUUAACGACGGAAGACUAUUUUGGCAACAUAUAGUUAGUUCUGCGACUGGCUGUUCCGACUCUCAGUACUUUCAGGAGCUGUAUAACUAUUAUACUACUGAAAAGGCUUGGCAUCUUUCUAAUCCAGAUGCUGAGAAGGUAUUUAAGGCCCUUAGAGCGGCAGGAGUGAAGUUGGCUGUAGUGUCGAAUUUUGACACUCAGUUGAAACCAGUUUUGAGGGCUCUGAACUGUGAUCACUGGUUUGAUGCCAUAGCAGUUUCCGCUGAGGUGGCUUGGCAUCUUUGUGAUCCAGAUUCUGAGAAGGUAUUUAAGGCCCUUAGAGCGGCAGGAGUGAAGUUGGCUGUAGUGUCGAAUUUUGACACUCAGUUGAGACCAGUUUUGAGGGCUCUGAACUGUGAUCACUGGUUUGAUGCCGUAGCAGUUUCCACUGAGGUAGAAGCAGAGAAGCCUAAUCCAACAAUAUUUUUAAAAGCGUGCGAGUUACUAGAAGUAAAUCCAGAUGACGUUGUUCAUGUAGAUUGCAGUCCUCCCAACCAUGCUGGACCUGCUUUUUUUCUGAAGCGACAAAGCAUAAGGAUGGUGGACCACUGGAUAAGGAAUUUUCAAAUACAAUUAUGUUUGAUCAUCAAUGUCCGAGAGAUUGAUCACAACAACAAAAAUGUAUAUUCAAUUGUAGAAUUUAUAAGUAUUAUCUGUAUCAAUGUAAAUAGACAACAUUCGCUAUCAUAUGUGAAUGUGAGCAUCUAAUAGUAUGUUAUUCCCAUGAUGGUAUAAAACAUACAUUUGGGAUCAUUUCCAUCAACUGAUCCAAUCAAACGGGAUAGUCUCUUGCUGUUACAUCUUCAUUUUAUUAUAAUAUAUGUGUUGGGCCUGUACAACGCACGGACAUACCUAUCUAAUAUAUUACAAACUAAACACUGUCGUAGUAGUUGUCCGAAUAUUUCUAGGAAUCAUAUUUUUGACAGAAAGAAAAUUGCUUUAUUUUUUGCAAAACAAAAAUUGUUGUAGGAAUAUAUAUUUAUUUCGGCAAAAUAAAUAACCAUCAUGAGUCCUUUUUUUACUAUAAUACAAGAGCUCUCUUUUGUUCUAAUACAAAUCAUAUAGAAUUCCAAAAAAUCAAAUUCUUUUUGAUUUAUUAAUACUCCUAUAAAAGGAGUUGCUUUGUGUGGUGAUUAAACUGUUACUGGAAAUCAGAAUAGAAGACAUCGGUAGUUAAUUUCUCCUUUAAUUAGAUCAACUCUUUGUUUUAAGUUUACUUACGAAUUGAUGAUCGAUAAUUGCUUGACAAUUUUUGCUGGAGUGUAGUUUUUGGUUGAUCAGCUUGGUAAAGAGAUGUUAAUUGAAAUACGACUUUAAAUGAGUUUGUUGGACUAUAUGUUUCUGCAUUUUUUAAAUUUUCGAGAUUGUUUUGGUUUGCAAUAGGAGAGUAUAUGAACAAGAUGAUGUUAAUUAGUAAUUGGCUUUAAUCAGUGGCAUCAACAAAGGAGCGGAAUGGAAAAGCGGGAGGGGGAGGGAGGUAGAGGAGAUGUGGAAUUUUAACUCUAUGGAUUUAAUCUCUAAAUUUCUUUUACCUAAAAGAUUUAUAGCAAUGAUAUGAGUUGUUGAGAGGUGUAGCUAGAAACAAAAAAAUUAGAUAGAUGUGACAUCCAAAAAUAUCAAGGGUGAAGAAGUUCUCUUCUUUGGUUGAGAAUAAGUUCUUUUAAGAAUUUUAUAAGCACCUUUAAAUUUAAUACAUAAAGUUUUUGCGAAAUGACGCUUGAGUUACAUUCGCACACGGAGCCGAGUCGGACCAAGGUUGGGUCAAACUUAGUAAGUGUAGUCUAAAUUUUGUAUUAGAAAUUUCAUCUUCAUCUAAAUAAUAAAGCUUAUCAAUUAUUUUUAAUAAUACCUUAGUUUGACUUAGGUUUAAUUUAAUUUAAUUUUGUUUGCUUUAUUUUUUGUAUUGUAUUUUUCUUAAAUAGAUAUCUAAUAGUAACUUUAAUUGACUUUUAAUUAAAGGACUUUAUAGGAAACCUUCCUAAUGUUCCCUUUAUACAUGAUGUUCUUUUGUGAAAUAUAUGUUAUGAUUGGAGAAAAGAAUUUGCUUGUGAUUUAAGGUAAGUUUUAUCGACACUUUAUUCUAAUGUCAAUUGUUAUUUUCUGAUAAUAUUACUUUUUCAUAUAUAAUUUUAUUGAUUGAUGAGAGACACGUGUACAAAGCACGUGCACUAAACUAGUAUAUAUUUGUGUGUGUGUGAUUUGAACAUAAAAUAUAAUUUAAAUAAGAUUUUUUAUAAUAAUAAAAAAAUUAGGAUUUCUUUGAAGAAGAAAAACUAAAAGGUGAAAAAAAUAAAAACAAGGGUUUUGUUGUUCUUUUAAAUAUCAAAUACAAUUUCAAGUUGUAUUUUGAAUUUUCAUGGCCAACAUUAUUUUUCAAAUUAAGUGAAGUAACUUUCAGAAAAAAGCAAAAAUUUUAUGGCGAAACUAGUCCUAACUUUGUGUAUUACUCUCUUUGUACAACAAUACUUGUCCAGUAUAUUAAAUUAUAUGUCCAACAAUAUUCGUCCAGCUUGAAAAAUUGAUGGCUAUUUUACACAUUUUUUCUCAUUUUACUCUUCGUCAUUUUACUCUUCGUAUUAAAUACUAAUAAAACUUACAUAAAUUUCUACAAGUUUAUCCCUAAUUACUCUUUAUCUGUGCUCUUUGCUAAAUUACAAAUAAUCCCUGAUUUUGUAAUUUUUGUAUACAUAAUUAGCAUCCGGAUACAUACUUUUGAAGUUGAGAUACAUAAUUUUGAAUCUAAAAAUGUAAUAGUUAAUUACUCUAUUUUUGAUUGGGUACAUAAUUAGCAUCUGGAUACAUAAUUCUGAAGUUGAGAUACAUAAUUUUGAUUACUGAAAUACAUUUAUUUUUUGAACUAUUUGGUCGAGAUACAUAAUACAUUAACUAGAUCAAAGAGUUUGAAAAUUUAUGGGUUUGUGGAUAUAUCCGACUGUUUUUUAAAAAAAUGGGAUUUAGGUAAUUAAUAAAAAAGAUAGAAAUUUUGUGGUUUAAUUGUGGUGUUAUGUAAUUUUUUUCUAAAUACUAUUCAUCACUCGAUGCAUUUCUCAAAGUAUUAAAUCUAUUAUAUUCGAAGGAUGAUAUAGUAAAAUUAUACCUAUUAUUUAUUAUUUCUUAAUCUGUGUUAAGUCAAUCGUGAACAAUAUUAUUGGACGGAGGAAGUACUAGAAUUUGCUUUGUUGAGUAAUACAUUUUUUUUAAAUCAAUGUAUAAGUAAUACACUCAUUAGCAUUUAUACACUCUAUUUGGUAUUAAUAUAUGCAUAACUAAUACAGUGAAAUCCAUGAAUGCUAGAGUUUCUAAUACAUGCAUUAACAUUAUUAAAGACAUAAUUGUCCCUCAAAAUCUUUUCAAUAUUCUUUUCACCAUAUUUGUGGAGGAUAUUUUUAUAAAUAAGUAUUCCUUUUUUUGAGAAAUUAUGAAAUAUAUGCUAUUUUUAAUAUGUCAAAUUAAAUACUCUAUGAAAAAAAUCUCAUCAUAAUUAAUACCAAUACUAUUAAUGCAGGCAUUUCUAAUAUAUCAUAUUCUGCACUAUUUUUACAUACCUUAUUAAAUUACCCUAUAUGGAAUCUAGAAAGGAUAGACUAUAUGUGGGUGUUAUUUCUAUUUUAGAAGGUAAAUAUAUUGUUUUUGCUAGACCCCAGUACAAGAAAAAUCAUAUCAAAUAAGUCGAGAAAAAAUAAAAAUUUAUGAAAGUGAUUUUAAUAAAUUUUUAAAAGUUCUUUUUCAAAAAUAAAAAUAAAAAAUUACUCAUGAAUAUUAAGGGUAAGACAUAAGACUCCCUCUAAAUUAUGAUGAAAUUGUCAGUUACACAUCUAAAUUAUUUAAGGGUUCAUAUUAUUAAAUUUAAAUUAUUUUUUCAUAUUAUUUAUAGCUCUAAAGCCUAAACUAUGCGAGAGUUCUAUUACCCCAAAAUUAUUUUUUUCAUAUUAUUUAAACCCUUUGAAUUACUUUGGUCCAAUUUUUAUUGCUGUGUAAUUGUAGUUUUUGUUGUGGCUUUAAUGUAGUUUUUGAUGGACUUUUGGUCGUAUUUUGGUAGCUAUGUCUUUUCAGCAAUUUUGAUCCAUUUUUGGUCCAAUGGCAAAAACAAGUUGCAUUUUUAUACAACAUGUAAAUGAACAAAGCUCGACAAAUUACCAUCUUUCCCGGUAAGAGUAGCUUCACAAAUGAAGAAGCAUGAGAGAAAUAUCAAGAAUAAUUUUAUAAAUAUCAAAACGAGUGAUGAAAUUUUAUAAAUAAAAAAAUAGAAAAAAGGUACACUUAAUUGGGCAAUAAUAUUACCCUUAUUUAUAAGUGAACAAGCUAAGAACCAACACAACAUCUCCAAAUUAUAUUAAAGGUAAUGUAAAUUGUACAUUAAAGUUGCCUUUCUUUUAUUGGGGAAUGAACAGUCUCUUUGUUUGCUUCCGAUCGUGCACCGCUUUUGCACUAUCACUUACUUCAUAUCUUCUAUCUUCGCUGUUUACUAAUCAUCUUUGCAAAUCUCAAGGAAUCUGAACAAGCUGAAAAUUACCUUCCCAGCUUAUGAACUAAUCUCUGCGUUACUUCUCUAGCCAUUUCAUCUAGAUCUCCCGUAGCAACUCCUGUGGCGAAAUUAAGCUUUGUAUCAUCAUUCUUCAGAUCAUGUAGAAGAAUAUUUAUGAUACGAUUGUUAUUUAUUAGCAAAAUAAAUUCUCCAUUAUCUAUUAUGAAAGGGGGCACAUGAAAAGGUUCUAUUUUUAAAUUCAUUAUGAAAAAUAAGAAUGUCCAUGUUCCUUUACUCCAUAAUCAAAUUGAUUGAAUUUCUUCUAAUCUUGCUUUAUUAUUAUCGAUACUAAUUUAGUGUAUUUUAUAUUUGUUACUUUCUAAUUGUUUUGAAUACAAUUUCUUGCUAGAAUUUCAAGUACAUGUUAGUAAUUUUAGUUGAUCUACACAUGCAUUAUAUCUUGAUUAAUUUUGUCUUUGUUAUUAUCUAAUUAAUGCAUAACUAAAUCAUCUUGUGGUAAAAUUUAAGUUGUCAAAAAUGACAAAUUUAGAAAUGAAUUGUGCACUCAUGAUAUUUGAUGUUAUGCCCGAGUAGUUUUACAUGGAGUACUUAGUUGUUAUUUUUCCUUUGUGCUACAACAAGAAAAACACUAAGAGAGACUCCCUUCCUCAGUUGGUUCAGCAUAUUGGCUGUUGUUUCCACACGCUAAAGAUGCAAG